UUAAAAACUAAAAAGCAAAAACUGUUUCAAACAAACCCUUAGUUUUAAAUUAUUUUGUUGAAAUCCUAAACUCUCUCUCUUGUUUCUUCUUCGUAUAAAUUCAUUGAAACUAAGCGGUGUUUAGUCGGUUAAGCUAUUUGGAAAAGUUGCAUAGAAAAAAAAAAUGUCUGAAAAAAGAGAUUUGGAGAAUGGAACAACAACAGAAACAAGAACCCUUUAUCCUAUGAUGCUUGAGAAUCCACAAUUAAGAUGGUCCUUCAUACGUAAAGUAUAUUCCAUAAUCACUUUUCAAUUGCUUCUAACCAUUGCUGUUGCUUCUGUGGUUGUUUUUGUUCCUCCCAUUGCUCAUUUCUUUGUCAGCUCCACACAAGGCUUGGUUCUUUACAUAGUUCUUAUCUUUGUUCCCUUCAUAACAUUAUGUCCACUUUACUAUUAUCAUCAGAAGCAUCCUCUCAAUUACUUUCUCCUUCUAAUUUUCACCGUUACUUUAGCUUUUCCUAUUGGAUUGACUUGUGCCUUUGUUAGCGGGAAAGUAAUUCUAGAAUCUGUAAUAUUGACCGCUGCGGUGGUGUUUAGCUUGACUCUCUACACAUUUUGGGCCGCAAAAAGAGGCCACGAUUUCAGCUUUUUAGGCCCAUUCUUAUUUGGAGCUUUGUUAGUUCUCAUCCUCUUUGGCCUCAUUCAGAUUUUGUUUCCAUUGGGAAAGUUGUCACAUAUGAUCUAUGGAUGUCUUGCAUCUAUUAUAUUUUGUGGCUACAUUGUAUAUGACACAGACAACCUUAUCAAGAGGUUUUCAUAUGAUCAGUAUAUUUGGGCUUCAGUUUCCUUGUAUCUAGACAUCAUCAAUCUCUUCCUCUCUCUACUUACUAUUUUUAGAGCUGCCAAUUAAUUGGAGACAAUAAAAUGCAGUAUAUAUACAUUAAUAUAUUUCUUAUCUUCCAAUGUAAUUUUUGUUUUCUCUUUUUCAAUGUUAUUAUGUUAUUAUGUAAUUAUAAUUAUAGGCAACUUACAUGUAACAUAAAUUAGCAAUGCAUAUAUGAGAUUACCCCUAUUUCAAUUUUUGAAAUAGGUCUUUAUAUGUAGACUACAUUCAAAGUGGUGUUAAUUUGUAUCUUUUUCAUAACUAUCAAGAUUUUCAAACCCUUCAU